AUGCUUCCCUACGUGAUCGCCACCCUGGGCUCAGCAGGGGCCACCUGCAAAGCCUCCACAUGCAACAACAGCACCAAGGACUACUGCUACAGUGCCCGCAUCCGCAGCACUGUGCUGCAGGGGCUGCCCUUCGGCGGGGUGCCCACUGUCCUCGCCCUCGACUUCAUGUGCUUUCUCGCACUGUUGUUUGUCUUUUCAAUUUUGCGUAAAGUUGCUUGGGAUUAUGGACGCCUGGCCCUGGUGACCGAUGCUGACAGGCGCCGACGCUGGCAGACGGAGCGAGAGGAGCGGGAAUACGUAGCCUCCGCCCUGCACUCCGACAGCCACGACCGCUACGAGCGCCUCACCUCCGUCUCCAGCUCUGUGGACUUCGACCAGAGGGACAACGGUUUCUGCUCCUGGCUGACAGCUAUCUUCAGGAUAAAGGACGACGAGAUCCGGGACAAGUGCGGGGGGGACGCGGUGCACUACCUGUCCUUCCAGAGGCACAUCAUCGGGCUGCUGGUGGCCGUGGGUGUGCUCUCCGUGGGCAUUGUCUUACCUGUCAACUUCUCAGGGGACCUGCUAGAAAACAACGCCUACAGCUUUGGGAGGACGACUAUCGCCAACUUGAAUUCUGGGAAUAACCUGCUGUGGCUGCACACGUCUUUCGCCUUCCUGUACCUGCUGCUGACGGUGUACAGCAUGCGCCGGCACACCUCCAAGAUGCGCUACAAGGAGGAUGACUUGGUUAAGCGAACUCUCUUCAUCAACGGGAUCUCGAAAUAUGCUGAGCCGGAGAAGAUCAAGAAGCAUUUUGAGGAGGCCUACGCCAACUGCACCGUCCUGGAGGCCCGUCCCUGCUAUGAUGUGGCCCGCCUGAUGUUCCUGGACGCGGAGAGGAAGAAAGCUGAGCGUGGGCGAAUCUACUUCACCAACCUGCAGAGCAAGGAGAACACCCCGUCCAUGAUCAACCCCAAGCCCUGUGGCCACCUGUGCUGCUGUGUCAUCAGGGGCUGCGAGGAGGUGGAGGCCAUCGAGUACUAUACCAAGCUGGAGGAGAAGCUCAAGGAUGACUACAAGCGGGAGAAGGAGAAGGUGAAUGAAAAGCCUCUGGGGAUGGCCUUUGUCACCUUCCACAAUGAGACCAUCACAGCCAUAAUCCUCAAAGAUUUCAAUGCUUGUAAGUGCCAGGGCUGUGCGUGCCGUGGAGAGCCCAGGGCCUCUUCCUGCAGCGAGUCCCUCCACGUCUCCAACUGGACUGUCAGCUAUGCCCCGGACCCGCAGAACAUCUACUGGGAGCACCUCUCCAUCCGGGGCUUCAUCUGGUGGAUCCGCUGCCUCGUGAUCAACGUGGUCCUCUUCAUCCUCCUCUUCUUCCUCACCACCCCUGCUAUCAUCAUCACCACUAUGGACAAGUUCAACGUCACCAAGCCCGUGGAGUACCUCAACAACCCCAUCAUCACCCAGUUCUUCCCCACCCUGCUGCUGUGGUGCUUCUCUGCCCUGCUGCCCACCAUCGUGUAUUACUCUGCCUUCUUCGAAGCGCACUGGACCAGGUCUGGAGAGAACAGGACCACCAUGCACAAGUGUUACACCUUCCUCAUCUUCAUGGUCUUGCUGCUGCCGUCGCUGGGCCUGAGCAGCUUGGACGUGUUUUUCCGCUGGUUGUUUGACAAAAAAUUCCUCGCCGAAGCCGCCGUGCGAUUUGAGUAA